GGAAGACGAGUGUGAAACGUCAUCAUGGGCUGCAAUAUGUGUGUGGUCAAACGUCCGGAGGAGCAGUACAGGAUCAUGUUCCAGCAGAAAGGCUCUCUGCGGCCAAUGGACAGACAAGGAAAUACAAAGGUCAGAGGUCGCAAAUCCUCUCAGCCUCCGCUCGACAGACCACAAAACUCCCAGGAGCCUUUGCAGCAGCCUGGGUCUGUCCGAAAGAGUCACAGACGAAAAGGAAUGUUAGUCUGCAGCGGGAGCGGGACCGCCAGCAGCUCCAUCUAUUCUGUUGCCAUGAUAACAAUCCCGGACUGCGUUGACAACGCAACGCAAACCGACAUCAGCUUCCACAACAUCAUGACUGUUGGGAAGAGCAGAGGUGACCACCACGGCUCCUCCUCCCCCCCUCCUCCUCCUACCUCUCCCCCGCUGCCUCAUCUCAUGGGACCGUACGGGAUCAAUGAGUUCUGUGUGUUUGACUACAAUGACCCCGACGACUACUUGGAUGUGUCCAACCAUGAGGUGGACAGACAGGACGACCUGGAGUACGAGGAGGUGGAGCUCUACAAAUCCAGUCAGCAGGACAAGCUCGGUCUGACCGUCUGCUACAGGACGGACGACGAGGACUAUCUAGGGAUUUAUGUUGGAGAGGUGAAUCCAAACAGCAUAGCAGCAAAGGACGGCCGAAUCAGAGAGGGCGACCGCAUACUGCAGAUUAACGGAGUUGACGUUCACAACAGAGAGGAUGCGGUCGUCAUAUUGACCCGAGAAGACAGCAUCAACUUCUCCCUGCUGCUCGCUCGACCCGAUACAGAGAACGAGCACCCUGUGGAUCCAGAGGAGGUCAUGGAGCGGACUCUGGAUGGCGGAUGUUCCCACCCAAACCCCCGAGCCUCCUCCUGCUCCGUCACCUCCUCUCACCUCUCUGGAUAUUACCACCUCUGCCGUGGAGUAGGAGGAGAAAGUAAAGAAGCAGGCGGGGACGUGGAAGAGGAGGAGGAGGAGGAAGAUGGGGAGGGAGCAGAGAGAGGAGAGAAGGAGGACAGAGCGUCUCCUGUGCCCCUCCCUCCUCUGCUCAACCUGGCUCCUCUGCUAUCUAACAGUCAGGAGCUGGACAGCGGAGUGGGCCGCACCGAUGACAGCACUCGCUACGAGGAGUCGUCUGAACACGACCUGCUGGGUGAUCACACCAGUGCCUGUAACACCAACACCACCAACACACCUGGCAGCACCCGCAAGUUCAGAGCCGCACCCAGCCCAAGUCCUAGACCCAGCCCCGGCCUAGGUCCUAGUCCAGGGCACGGCAGAGGCGACACCACCCCUACUUUCCUCCACCUACGAGACCUCCAGUUCAGCUCUGACUCCCUCCCCAGCCUGGACUGGGCGGCUGGAGGAGGAACAGGAGGAGCGGCAUACAGCCCCCAUAAGCAUCACCUCCACAAGCACUACCAUCUCAAUCACCACCAGCCAUCUCUGACCAUGAUGAUGCCGGGCCUGACCGAGGAAGAGUGCCAGAGGUACCAGGAGCUGCAAGAGAUCAAGUGUCAGUACGAGAGAGAGAUGGAGAAACGGCAGAGAGAAACAAAACAAGAACACAUCAAAGCAGAGUUGAACGACCAGGGACGGAGAGCAGAGGCGGGGAGGGAGGGAGAGGAGGAAGCCUCUUCUUCUUCUCCGUUUGUGGUGGAUGUGAACUGCAACCCGACAAUGAGCGAGCACGAGAUGGCGCUGAUUGAGGAGGAGUUACGCCACCUGGAGUUCAAGUGCAGAAAUAUCCUGAGAGCUCAGAAGAUGCAGCAGCUCAGAGAGAGAUGUCUGAAGGCCUGGAUGAUGGAGGAGGAAACAGUGGCAGGUGGAGCAGGGCGACCCGGCACACCUGAAGCAGGUAUGGAUAACGAUGAUGAUGACCUCCAUCGUCACGAGUUGUCGGCUAUAAACGAGCUCCCGGAGCGAGAACGGUCUGACGACAAAGACAGCACCAGCGCCUACAACACUGGAGGAGAGAGCUGCCGGAGCACGCCAUUGGUCAGCACUGAGCAGAUCCCGCCUCUCCAGGAAGAAGAUGAGGGAGGGAGACGACUGAUGUCUCCACCUCCUUUUCUCCCCCUCAGUCGCCUCCCCCCUUUGAACUCUCCGCUCACCCCCCGGCGUCAUGGGCAGGACAGAGACAGAGAGAGACGACACUCAAACCUCAGCUACACCUUCUCCCCCAGCACUUACAGGCAAUAUGAAACAGCCAAUGGCAGUGUGGAUCGCGGCUCCAGCUCCACCCCCUCUACACCCUCCAAGUUCAGGUCCCUAACGAGAGAGGUGGGGUUAUCUUCAAGAAGGGGUGUGGCUGAUGGAGGGCGAGGCUCCAGAGCAGGUGGUGUCCCCAACAGGCCUGGAGGUGGAAGUGCAGAUUCCAGUCCAUAUUUCACCAGAAGGCACCACAGUGGCAGUAAACCGCUAGAGCGCUACCAGAGCUGUAUGACCCUGCCCUCUGAGGGGCUUGUGGACCCUCUGGACCGGGUGAGGGAUAGACCCAGGGCAGAGGGGGAGGAGAGAGGGGUGGGCACAGGUAGCAGCGGCCCAGCAAGCCCCAGGAGUGUGAACAGCGCCCCCUGUGGUCUGGAUGAUCACCGUGCAUCACGGUUAGGACUGGCUUUACCACUCGGACUGAUGCAAUCAUCAGCAACUGCUUCACCUCAGCGCAUGGAAUGGAAGGUUAAGGUCCGCAGCGACGGCACUCGAUACGUGGCCAAGCGGCCGGUGAGGGAUCGUCUCCUGAAGGCGCGAGCAAUGAAGAUCAGAGAGGAACGCAGCGGUAUGACGACGGAUGACGACGCUGCCAGUGAGAUGAAACAGGGACGAUACUGGAGCAAAGAGGAGAGGAAGCAGCAGCUGCUGAGAGCGAGAGAAUACCGACGAAGACGAGAGUUCAUGAUGCAGAGCCGCCUCGACUACCUCAAAGGAGACAGGGACUCUUCAUUGUUUACGGGGGGAGGAGACGACCUUCGUACAGACCAGGUUCAGCCCCGACAGGACUCCUCCAACAACAACAUCCUGUUACUGAGCCAGAAGAAGACCAUGAAGAAGAGGAACCGACGGAUCCUCGACAACUGGCUCACCAUCCAGGAGCUGCUGGCUCAUGGCUCCAGAUCACCCGACGGAAAGAAAAUCUACAACCCUCUGCUUUCAGUGACCACAGUGUGAUCUGUAGACAGAGAUAAAGUUA